AUGCAGGCACUUAUUUGCCUCCCAAUCUCCCCUUUCCGCAUCCUGUUCUCCCCUUUCCGCAUCCCGUUCUUCCCUUUCCACAUCCCGUUCUCCCCUUUCCGCAUCCCGUUCUCCCCUUUCCGCAUCCCGUUCUCCCCUUUCCGCAUCCCGUUCUCCCCUUUCCGCAUCCUGUUCUCCCCGUCGUGCCUCCCUUUCUCCCAUUCUUGCCUCCACUUCUCCCAUUCCCACCUCCCGAUCUCCCUUCCCUCGUUUCCCUCUCUUCCCUCCCUUCCCUUGGUUCCCUCCCUUCCCUCGAUUCCCUCUCCCCAUCCCUGCAUCCCCCUCUCCCCAUCCCCUGCAUCCCCCUCUCCCCAUCCCUGCAUCCCGCUCUCCCCAUCCCUGCAUCCCCCUCUCCCCAUCCCUGCAUCGCCCUCUCCCUAUCCCUGCAUCCCCCUCUCCCUAUCCCUGCAUCCCCCUCUCCCCAUCCCUGCAUCCCCCUCUCCCCAUCCCUGCAUCCCCUUCUCCCCAUCCCUGCAUCCCCUUCUUCCCAUCCCUGCAUCCCCCUCUCCCCAUCCCUGCAUCCCCUUCUCCCCAUCCCUGCAUCCCCCUCUCCCCAUCCCUGCAUCCCCUUCUUCCCAUCCCUGCAUCCCCUUCUCCCCAUCCCUGCAUCCCCUUCUCCCCAUCCCUGCAUCCCCUUCUCCCCAUUCCUGCAUCCCCUUCUCCCCAUCCCUGCAUCCCCUUCUCCCCAUCCCUGCAUCCCCUUCUCCCCAUCCCUGCAUCCCCUUCUCCCCAUCCCUGCAUCCCCUUCUCCCCAUCCCUGCAUCCCCUUCUCCCCAUCCCUGCAUCCCCUUCUCCCCAUCCCUGCAUCCCCUUCUCCCCAUCCCUGCAUCCCCUUCUCCCCAUCCCUGCAUCCCCUUUUCCCCAUCCCUGCAUCCCCUUCUCCCCAUCCCUGCAUCCCCCUCUCCCCAUCCCUGCAUCGCCCUCUCCCUAUCCCUGCAUCCCCUCUCCCAUCCCUGCAUCCCCUUCUCCCCAUCCCUGCAUCCCCUUCUCCCCAUCCCUGCAUCCCCUUCUCCCCAUCCCUGCAUCCCCUUCUCCCCAUCCCUGCAUCCCCUUCUCCCCAUCCCUGCAUCCCCUUCUCCCCAUCCCUGCAUCCCCUUCUCCCCAUCCCUGCAUCCCCUUCUCCCCAUCCCUGCAUCCCCUUCUCCCCAUCCCUGCAUCCCCUUCUCCCCAUCCCUGCAUCCCCUUCUCCCCAUCCCUGCAUCCCCUUCUCCCCAUCCCUGCAUCCCCUUUUCCCCAUCCCUGCAUCCCCUUCUCCCCAUCCCUGCAUCCCCCUCUCCCCAUCCCUGCAUCGCCCUCUCCCUAUCCCUGCAUCCCCCUCUCCCCAUCCCUGCAUCCCCUUCUCCCCAUCCCUGCAUCCCCUUCUCCCCAUCCCUGCAUCCCCUUCUCCCCAUCCCUGCAUCCCCUUCUCCCCAUCCCUGCAUCCCCUUCUCCCCAUCCCUGCAUCCCCUUCUCCCCAUCCCUGCAUCCCCUUCUCCCCAUCCCUGCAUCCCCUUCUCCCCAUCCCUGCAUCCCCUUCUCCCCAUCCCUGCAUCCCCUUCUCCCCAUCCCUGCAUCCCCUUCUCCCCAUCCCUGCAUCCCCUUCUCCCCAUCCCUGCAUCCACAUCUCCGCCUCUCAUUCUCCCAUUCUCUCCCUUUCCUCCCUUCUCUCCCUCCCCUCCCUUUUCUCCCAUCCAUGGUCUCUUCCUGCAGUCCCUUCCGUCCCCUCCCUCCCUUGCAUCCCUUCCCUCCCUUCCCUCACCUACCUCCCUUUCCGGGCCCUUCUCUCGCUUCCCUCCCUUCUCUCCCUUCCCUCCUUCCAUCCUUUAUCUCCCUUCCAUCCCUUAUCUCCCUUCCUUCUCUUCGCUCUCUUCCCUACCCUUGCAGUCUUCCCUCCCUUCCCCCUCUUACUUCCCCGCGAUUUCCCUUCUCUCCCGUCUUGCCGUUCACUCCCUUCCCUCCCUUGCCUCCCUUCCCUCCCUUCCAUCCCUUAUCUCCCUUCCCUCCCUAAAACUCCCUUCCCUCUCUUCGCUCUCUUCCCUACCCUUGCAGCCUUCCCUCCCUUCCCUCUCUUACCUCCCCGCGAUUUCCCUUCUCUCCCGUCCCGCCGUUCUCUCCCUUCCCUCCCUUCUCUCCCUUCCCUCCUUUCUCUCCCUCCCCCCCUUCUUUCCCUUCUCUCCCUUCUCUCCCUUCCCGCCAUUCUCUCCCUUCCCUCCCUUCUCUCCUUUCUCUUCCUGCAUCUCCCUUCCCUCCCUUCCCUCCCUGCAAUCUCCCCCCCCCCCCCCCCCAACCCUCUCGCCCACCUCUUCAUCCUCACCCCUCCACUUCGCUUCGCCUUCCCAUCUCCACAAGCUCUCUAACCUUCUUGUCAUCCCGCCUCCCCAUCUCCGAUAUCUCCCCAUCCCUUCUCAAGUGUUCCUGAUUCAUGUCGUGUCCCUUUGGCCACCACCACUCCGCUGCUGCGAGUGUGGAAGAGUUAGGCGCUUGGGGCCGCUGGCAUCAUGCAUCGUGAUUUCACACCCUGAGAGUUGUCACAUGACACAUCCCUCCUUACCUCCCUUCCCUCCCUUCCCUGCCUUCUCUCCCUUCCCUCCUUUCAUCCUUCCCUUACCUUCCCUCCCUCCCAUCCCUCCCUUAUCUCUCUUCCCUGCCUUCCCUCCCUUCCCUCCCAUCCCUCCCUUCCCUCGUUUCCCUCUCUUCCCUCCCUUCCCUCGCUUCCCUCUCUAUCCUCCCUUCCCUCUGUUCCCUCUCUUCCCUCCCUUCCCUCGGUUCCCUCACUAUCCUCCCUUCCAUCGUUUCCCUCUCUUCCCUCCCUUCCCUCGCUUCCCUCUCUAUCCUCCCUUCCCUCUGUUCCCUCUCUUCCCUCCUUUCCCUCGGUUCCCUCACUAUCCUCCCUUCCAUCGUUUCCCUCUCUUCCCUCCCUUCCCUCGCUUCCCUCUCUAUCCUCCCUUCCCUCGUUUCCCUCCCAUCCCUCCCUUCCCUCGGUUCCCUCUCUUCCCUCUCUUCCCUCGUUUCCCUCUCGUCCCUCCCUUUCCUCGUUUCCCCCUCUUCCCUCCCUUCCCUCGUUUCCCUCUCUUCCCUCUCUUCCCUCUUUUCUCUCUCUUCCCUCCCUUCCCUUGUUUCCCUCUCUUCCCUCCCUUCCCUUUUUUCCCUCUCUUCCCUCCCUUCCCUCGUUUCCCUCUCUUCCCUCCCUUCCCUUGUUUCCCUCUCUUCCCUCCCUUCCCUCGUUUCCCUCUCUUCCCUCCCUUCCCUUGA